GCGCCCCUCCAUUGCGCCGGUAGCAGGAUCCGCAGCGGCCGCCGCGUGAGGCUGCGGUCACGUGUUGUUUUGCCCGCUGUCGUGCGCUCAGAGUGGAGUGGGCGGGGGCGCGGGCCAAGGCAGGAGGGGGCUGGGGCGGGCAGACGAGGGUAGACAGCCUCUUCCCCCAACCCUCCCUUUCCUGAAUUCCCCCUCCUCCUCGCUCACCUUAAAACCAUCGUGCAUCACCAUGGCGAGUUGCUCCUUCACUCGCGACCAAGCGACAAGAAGACUAAGAGGUGCAGCAGCGGCAGCAGCGGCAGCUCUAGCAGCAGUGGUGACCACCCCGCUUCUUUCCUCGGGAACCCCGACCGCACUCAUUGGGACCGGGUCGUCUUGUCCGGGAGCCAUGUGGCUCUCCACGGCCACUGGCUCCCGGUCAGACUCCGAGUCCGAAGAGGAAGACCUGCCCGUCGGGGAGGAAGUCUGCAAACGCGGCUACCUGCGGAAACAGAAGCAUGGGCACAGGCGCUACUUCGUGCUCAAACUCGAGACUGCUGACGCCCCAGCUCGGCUGGAAUACUACGAAAAUGCCAGGAAGUUCCGGCACAGUGUCCGCGCCGCGGCGGCUGCAGCAGCGGCGGCCGCCUCUGGCUCGGCGAUCCCCCCGCUCAUUCCACCGCGGCGCGUGAUCACCCUAUACCAGUGCUUUUCCGUGAGCCAGCGAGCAGAUGCAAGGUACCGACACCUCAUUGCUCUUUUCACCCAAGACGAAUACUUCGCGAUGGUGGCCGAGAACGAGUCGGAGCAGGAAAGCUGGUACUUGCUGCUCAGCCGCCUCAUCCUCGAGAGCAAGCGCCGCCGCUGCGGCACGCUCGGCGCGCAGCCGGACGGAGAGCCGGCCGCGCUGGCGGCGGCAGCGGCGGCGGAGCCACCCUUCUAUAAAGAUGUGUGGCAGGUAAUAGUCAAACCCAGGGGGCUGGGGCACAGAAAAGAGCUGAGCGGCGUGUUCCGGCUGUGUCUAACCGACGAGGAGGUCGUGUUUGUGAGGCUGAACACCGAAGUGGCCAGCGUGGUCGUCCAGCUCCUGAGCAUCCGUCGCUGUGGACACUCGGAGCAGUAUUUCUUCUUGGAAGUAGGCAGGUCCACUGUCAUCGGUCCGGGAGAGCUCUGGAUGCAGGUCGAUGACUGUGUGGUUGCCCAAAACAUGCAUGAGCUGUUUUUGGAGAAGAUGAGAGCCUUGUGUGCAGACGAAUACAGAGCCCGCUGCCGCAGCUACAGCAUCAGCAUCGGCGCCCACCUGUUAACCCUGCUGUCCGCUAGGAGGCACCUGGGCUUGGUGCCGCUCGAGCCGGGAGGCUGGCUCAGAAGGUCCCGCUUUGAGCAGUUUUGCCACCUCAGGGCCAUCGGCGACGGGGAAGACGAGGUGCUUUUCACCAGGCGCUUCAUAACACCCAGCGAGCCUGUGGCCCACUCCAGGCGAGGAAGACUGCACCUGCCCAGAGGGCGCAGGUCAAGGAGAGCGGUUUCAGUGCCGGCCAGCUUUUUUCGCCGCUUAGCACCCAGCCCAGCACGUCCGCGGCACCCUGCAGAAGCCCCGAACAAUGGAGCUCGCCUGUCUUCUGAAGUGUCUGGCUCUGGCUCUGGCAACUCUGGGGAGGAAGGCAAUCCCCAGGGCAAAGAAGAUCAGGAAGGAAGCGGAGGUGACUACAUGCCCAUGAACAAUUGGGGCUCAGGAAAUGGCCGGGGCUCAGGAGGUGGCCAGGGCUCAAGUGGCCAAGGCUCCAGUAGCCAUAGCUCGGGAGGAAACCAGUGUGCAGGCGAGGGACAGGGAUCCCGAGGUGGUCAGGGCUCAAGUGGUGGCCAGGGCUCAAAUGGCCAGGGCUCAGGAGGAAACCAGUGCUCUGGAGAUGGCCAGGGCACCGCAGGUGGGCACGGUUCAGGUGGUGGCCAGAGACCUGGAGGUGGGCAUGGCUCAGGUGGUGGCCAGGGACCUGGAGAUGGCCAUGGCUCAGGUGGUGGCAAGAACUCUGGAGGGGGCAAAGGCUCAGGAAGUGGGAAAGGAUCGGAUGGUGAUGGUGAACGUGGAAAAUCUCUGAAGAAAAGAUCCUAUUUUGGCAAAUUAACUCAAAGCAAGCAACAGCAAAUGCCACCACCUCCACCACCUCCUCCUCCACCCCCACCAGCUGGAGCAACUGGUGGAAAAGGGAAGUCUGGGGGAAGAUUCCGGCUUUAUUUUUGUGCUGACAGAGGAGCCACAAAAGAACGCAAAGAAGCCAAAGAAGUGAAAGAUGCAGAGAUCCCAGAAGGUGCAGCUCGAGGUCCCCACAGAGCCAGAGCUUUUGAUGAAGAUGAGGAUGACCCAUACGUGCCAAUGAGGCCAGGGGUGGCUGCCCCUCUUGUAAGCUCCAGUGAUUAUAUGCCAAUGGCUCCUCAAAAUGUCUCUGCUUCAAAAAAGCGCCACUCUCGAUCCCCUUUUGAAGACUCAAGAGGGUACAUGAUGAUGUUUCCCAGAGUGAGCCCACCACCUGCUCCGAGUCCUCCAAAAGCACCUGAUACUAAUAAAGAGGAUGACUCAAAGGACAAUGACAGUGAGAGUGACUACAUGUUUAUGGCUCCUGGAGCCGGUGCAAUUCCAAAAAACCCCAGAAAUCCUCAGGGUGGCUCUUCCUCCAAAAGUUGGAGCUCCUACUUCUCUCUACCAAACCCUUUUCGGAGCUCACCUUUGGGACAGAGUGACAACAGUGAGUAUGUGCCAAUGUUACCUGGAAAGUUCCUGGGGAGGGGCCUAGACAAAGAAGUCUCCUAUAACUGGGGCCCCAAAGAUGCAGCUUCAAAGCCUUCAGGUGAGGGAUCAUUCUCAAAGCCUGGAGAUGGGGGAUCACCUUCAAGGCCUUCGGAUGAUGAGCCCCCAAAGAAUAAAGCUAAGAGACCUAACCGACUUUCUUUUAUUACAAAAGGAUAUAAAAUCAAGCCAAAACCACAAAAGCCCACACAUGAGCAGAGAGAAGCUGACAGCUCUAGUGACUACGUCAACAUGGACUUCACUAAAAGAGAGAGCAAUACACCAGCUCCCUCUACUCAAGGACUACCAGAUUCGUGGGGCAUAAUUGCUGAACCCAGACAGUCAGCCUUUUCUAAUUAUGUGAAUGUUGAGUUUGGAGUGCCAUUUCCAAAUCCAGCAAACGACCUCUCAGAUCUUUUAAGAGCUAUACCACGUGCCAACCCCUUAUCUCUGGACAGUGCUAGGUGGCCACUUCCUCCCCUUCCCCUCAGUGCUACAGGUAGCAAUGCUAAUGAGGAAGAGGGUGACUACAUUGAAGUAAUUUUCAACUCAGCAAUGACACCAGCCAUGGCUCUUGCUGACAGUGCCAUUCGCUAUGAUGCUGAAACAGGUCGAAUCUAUGUGGUCGACCCAUUUUCCGAGUGCUGUAUGGAUAUUUCUCUCUCCCCCAGCCGAUGUUCUGAACCACCACCUGUAGCUAGGCUGCUGCAGCAGGAAGAACAGGAGAGAAGACGCCCACAAAGCCGUUCUCAAAGUUUCUUUGCAGCAGCCAGAGCCGCUGUCUCUGCUUUUCCAACAGACAGCCUCGAGAGAGACCUUUCCCCAUCCUCAGCCCCGGCUGUCGCUUCGGCUGCAGAGCCGACUUUAGCCCUCAGCCAAGUUGUAGCUGCGGCCUCCGCGCUCGCCGCAGCCCCGGGCAUCGGCGCAGCAGCCGCAGCUGCUGGAUUUGACUCCGCCUCUGCCCGCUGGUUUCAACCUGUUGCUAAUGCUGCUGAUGCCGAAGCAGUAAGGGGAGCCCAAGACGUUGCCGGUGGCUCGAACCCUGGAGCCCACAGCCCAUCUGCAAACCUUGCCGGAGGUGAGAACCAGGCUGGCGGGGCUGCCGCUGCAGCUGCCGCUCCGGAACCACCACCUCGCAGUCGCCGGGUGCCAAGACCCCCGGAGAGAGAAGAUUCUGACAACGACGACGACACUUACGUGAGAAUGGAUUUUGCCAGACGUGAUAACCAGUUCGACUCUCCCAAAAGAGAGUGAUUAUAUUGCCACAAAAACACAUUUUAGAAGAAAAGUGAUGCUUAUGGAACUUUAUCUUCGUCUACUCCAGAUCUGCCUAAAGGAAAGAAAACUCAGAGGCUUCUGAGUAGAAAGCAACCCAAAUUUCUACAAGUCUACAGGUGGACUCUGGCAAUUGAAUGAUCCUAUUCAUGCAGAUCAUUCAUACUGCUGCUUAUGGAUCCAGUGAUUUCUAAUUAACAAUAUUUACACUGUGCUUUGUUUAUUGUUUUCUGGUUUUCCUCCCCAGUCUGUCCCUUUGAAAGGAAACAGAUACUAUACAAGUGAGCAUCUCAUAACUCUUUCCCUCUUUAAAAAAAAGUGACUUAGAAUAUGUAUAAAUUUGGUCAAUGCCAAUUUUAAUAAUGUAAAAUAUUUAGAUUCAAUUUUGAAGUUGAAAAACCUUUAAACCAGGACACAUAAAGAAAAAAACAGCUGUCAUAAUGGGAAGGUAUGAUCUGGAAUCUUUUUUCCGAGUAUUACACACACAAAACAUUUCUUGAUCAAUGAAUUAAAUGUCAACUGAACUGAUAUCUUGAUGGGGCAUUACCAGUAUUUUUAAGGCAGGACUAAAGGGCAGAUUAUUUCAAGUUUUGCUCAUUAGCAAAACUGCAACAUUCUGCUCAUGUUAUAUGUCAAUGAAACUAAUAUCUUCAUUGAGCAUUUCCAACAUUUUAAAGGCAGAACUGAGAAACAGCUGUCUAUUUGUUCACAUACAACACUGUGAUGUUCUGCCUGAAAAUCGAUUAUUUCCAAACCUAUUAUUUUUCAUUUGUUGUGAAACCUACAUUUACCUCCCAAAAGAAGCAAGGCUCUUCAAAAGUCUCUUCCCAAGGCCCCUCCCUGCUUCUCUGGGCCUCUCCCCACUUUCAACCUCUAUUCUACUUUUUCUUAUUCUUUCUCCAUUUUCCCCAAUGCACACUCUCCCUCCUAUGCCCAUGGCUACUAUAAAGAGAUCAAUUUCCCAUAUUCAAGAAAUUAGUGUUUACUUAUCAAUCAAUAUUCUGACAAAAACUUAAGCCAAAAGCCACCUCUUAUAAGGCCUUGUUUCCUUCUGGAUAUUGAGCCAAUAUAAGAUGUACCAAAUUAAAAAAAAAAAAUCAGAGCAAGCUCCCCCCCGUUCUGUUUUUGCUUGCCUCUGAUGUAAACUGAAUUAAGAUUUUAGGAACCUGGACCUUUGAGAACAUGACACUAGCAAGGUGGUGACCACAGAGAAUAGGUACAAAGGUCUUGAAGCUUGCUUAGAGCUUUGUUCCAUGGUGGCACACAAAUCUUGGCUUGCUGUACCAUCAUUGGCAAACCUCAUCAUAUCACAGUUGGGUGUGUUUGAGUGUCUGUAUGUGUGUGAGCACUAGUGUGUGUGUGUACAUAUUCGUGUGUAUGCACACCUUUGUGUACCUGUGUACAUGUGAUUGUAGAUGUACCUGUUGUGUGUAAACUGUGUUAAAAUGAAAUUUGCUUCGCAUUUAAUGUGCAACUUUGAAGUAGUGUGAUAUUUAUCUAAAGGUUUUCACUACUUGGUUUUAAUGUCUUUGAACGUGUACUUCUAUCUUCAAGCAAGCUUAUAGUACAUGUUGCUAAACUAACUUUUCCAAAGAACCGAGUUGACUUCUAUUUUUCCUUGCCUACCAACCAAAGGGAUGGUGGGCUCUUUUUUCCCCUUGUAAAUUGUGCUGAGGAGAGGACGUGGCUAUGAGAUCAGUCAUUGUUCCAGUUACCGGUCACUGCUAGGGCAUCAACUUCAUCAGUUCCUUCAGACUCUUCUCUUUUUCCAACCUAAUCAAAUAACGCAGUGUGGCUUUUGUUCAUUAUAACAACGUGCUCUUUAGGCAGCCUUUUUACAAGCCUUCUGUCACCAUUUUAUUUUUUCAAGUAAGUUAAGUAAUAAUUGUUCAGAAGUGUGGGAAAAAAGAUUACUUGGGGGAAAAUGCUAUAUCACUUUAUUUGCAUAUUAGGUUCAGAAGCUGCCAGCAGACAGGGUACAGAGGGUACAGCACAGAUGUAACAGUUGCUGAAUAAAUGAAUGAGAAACCUCAUACACAGUAGUACGUAUUAUACAAAUAGUAACAGGUACACAUAGUCACAGGUACUGCAUAACAAAUGCAAUCUUGUUCUCAUUAUUUAUUAGUUUACAGACAAUUAAUUUAUUCAGUAUUGUGCUGGAAGAAUCUUUAUGGAAUAUGUUUGCCAACAUAUCUCUUACCUUCCAGCUAUCAGUUCAUGCUGCUGUUAAGAAAAAACAAUGAUGGAAUUUUUGUGUGUGUGUGACCUCUACAUUUAAUUUGGUAUCAGGCAUAGUCACUUGGUCGUUAAAAACUGAAACUUUACAGUUCCACCAGCUAAUUACAUCUGCUAUUUCCGCUUCACAGAUAUGCUUUGAGUUGCUUUGGCUUUGUCUUCCUUUGUAAAUACUCUUGUACUUUCUUUUCCUUGUAAACAUCUCGUUUGCAGUUUUGGGAGACGACUUUGCAACUCUGUAUAGUGUUUAUAUAUAUAUGUAUAUCUAUAUAUAUCUGACUUGCCUUUCCAUAGAGCUACUCACAAUAAAUGUGUUCAUGUAAAUUA